AGGAUCUGGCCAUGCUUCUAAGAAAUGUUGCGUCAUUUUUCAGUAGUGAAACCAUUUUAUUGAGAAAACAAGUGGGCAACACUGAUUACAAGUUUCCGUACGCAAGUUUGUGGGUAUGUGUGUGCGUGUUAGGGAGAGAUCAAAGGGCAGGCUGUGGUUCGUUAAAAAAUUAAAUGACUUUAAAAAUGAAGAGUAAUUUAAUCUAGUUUGUCAUUGCUUGAUCAAUGACUUUGAGGUUUUGCUGCAGAAGCCCGCAAAGUAACAAGCUUUAGUUAAGUUUGGCCUUAUUGGAAUCACAUUAUGAAUUAGUGGCUAAUAAUAAGCAGCUGUGUGGGAAAUAUUGAAGCCUGUGCAAACGUGCUACAUUUUUAUCAUUUAUCAGAAUACAAAAGCGGAAGUAUUAACAGGAACAGUAUCUUUUCAUCACUGCGUUACUCAAGCUGCAAGAAAUGAUAUAAAGCUGAAUGUCUCCACCUCCACCUGUGUCAUUAUAUAGAGCGUUUUAUCAUUGCGAGCUCACUGAUUGUCUUCAACAUGACCCUCAUCACCUUCUUUCUGCUCUUGCUGGUUUCUCUGCUGCCACACCUGACCUUCAUGGCUCAUGUGGGUAUAGUAAACGGCAGUGUAGCAAAACCUCACUCCAGACCUUACAUGGUUUCUGUUCAGCUGGAUGGUCAACAUAUCUGCGGUGGAUUCCUCAUUACUGAAGAGUUUGUCUUGACUGCUGCACAUUGCUGGAAUGGAGAAGAAAAUCUGACGGUUGUGGUUGGUGCUCACGACUUAAGACAAAGUAUGGCUUCAGAUCGCAUAGAAGUGGAGUCUUACAUCCGCCAUCCAAGCUAUAACUCAAAAUUUAUUUGGAAUGACAUCAUGGUUUUUAAGCUAAAGGAAAGAGUCACACAAAACAGUUCCGUUGGAUGGAUCUCAAUAUCAAAGAAAAAUGAACAUGUCGAUGCAAAUACUCUCUGUAGUGUUGCUGGUUGGGGAUUACUGACUAAUGGCACACUGAGCGAUUGUCUAAUGGAGGCAAAUGUGUAUAUAAUAAGUAACACGGAAUGUAAAAGUAAAUGGGGACGGCACUUCUCAGUGUCGCAGAUGAUGUGCACACGUGGACAUGGUGGAUCCUGCAGAUAUGAUUCAGGAGGUCCUUUGGUUUGUGGAGAUACUGCUGUUGGCAUCACAUCUUUUGGUGACCCUCAUCUCUGUAAUUCACCAAAACAUCCUAAUGUGUAUACGAAUAUUUCAGCAUACCGUCCAUGGAUUGACAGCGUAAUUAAAAAUGGGAAAUUAGAUAACAUCUUUAAUUAUUACAGAGCUUUCUAGAAUACUUCUGAUUGAUCAGCCAUGACAGUCCAAGGUAUGUUAUUCCGAGAUAACAUCCAUUGAAUAACAUAGGCUCAUCUGGGUACUUUCAAUCAUCUUGACCAUCAGUGAAUACAUUCAUAUCAAUAUUUAUAUGCUUGCCUGUCGUGCUGCUGACUGAAUAAAAGUGUAUGCUCCAUUCAGCCAUUUUUGUUUCUCUCAGUUUUGCCUUUAAUCUGAGAUUUAAUAAAGUAUUAUGGUUCAGAACAAAGUUUUGUGUAACUUUUUUUUGUUUUGUGGCAAGUAUCUGUGCAAUAAAUGGCAUAGAUUAGGCGGUUGAGGCAGUUGUUUUCGCAGAGUAAAACCUUCAACAGUGCUUCUUUGCUGAUAAGCCAGUGGGCUUUAUUCUGUUAUAACAACCACCUGGAUGUACUUUAUCUCUUACAUAUUGUGUCAUUAAAGUAUCACAUGCUAAACUCAUAUCCAAG